AUUCUCUCUAUAACCGGAUUUUUGGCUCAGGACAGAGCAAAGACGGACACGAGAUGAGUCCAGACGACGACGCGGUGGUGACCCUGCUGUGUGAGUGGGCUGUUUCCUGUAAAAGGUCAGGGCCGCACAGAGCCAUGGUGGUGGCCAAACUCCUGGAGAAGAGGCAGACGGAGAUCGAGGCAGAGCGGUGUGGAGAGUCGGAGGUCGUGGAUGAGAAGGGCUCUGUGUCCUCAGGGUCUCUGUCUGCUGCCACUCUGCCCGUUUUCCAGGACGCCCUGCUUCAGUUCCUGACACACAAGCUCCUGUGCUCACAGAUGUUUUCUCCUCCAAUGCACAUGGUGAGUCAAAGGGAAGCCUCUUCACCGGAGAAACCUGUCUCAGAGCAGGAGAGCAAAAAUACUGCCAAGGAUAAGGGCAUGGACCCGCCUUUCCUGGGGCUGGUUUACGAGCAGCCCUUCAAGCUACAUACAGUACGCUACCCACUUCCCCAUUCCUCAGGUGAAUACAAGGUGGGGAAGUGA